AUGCCGGUACCCCUGGGGCUCGCCCUGCUCCUGCUGCUGGCCCUGCGCGGCCGCUGCGAUGACUCGGUGGCGGCCGCCGUGGGCCCCCACAGCAUGGGCCGCAUCGCCCAGCUGCUGGCCGGCCCCGAGUGCCACCAGCUGCGGGCGGAGCUCGAAAGCCCCGAGGAGGAGCUGGAGCUGCCUGAGCCUCUCCCCGAGGAGAAGAGCCCCGUCCGCCGCCGCCGCCGCCGCUCCCGCAGCGCCCGGGGAUGCUCGGAGACCCUGCGGCUCUGGCUGGCCACCGCGGGAGAAACGACCACCUGGGACCGCCUGGUGCGUGCCCUCCGUCAGAUCGGCCGUUCCGACAUCGCCCGGGAGCUGGGCAAAAACCUGAACCAGGACCGGAGCCUGCAGCUGCGCAGGAACGUGCAGGGCUACAGCCGCAGCGUGCAGCACCUGAGCGCGGCGCAGCUGCAGCCGCGGGGCCGCAGAGCUCCCCCGGGCGCGGAGCUGCUCCUGCAGCGGCACCCCCCGCCCCGCUACCGCCGCGGCCUCCUGGCCUGGGUCCGCCCCGUGCUCCUGGGCGGCCUGGGAGCCUUCCUCACCGCCGUGCUCCUCACGGGCACCCUGAUGUAUUUCUGCCACUGGAGGAGGCUCCUGGGCGCCUGA